AUUUUAGCGAAAAAAUAUCAUAAACAAUCUGGGUUGGGAAAUAAAUGUUGUCGGAUGACGGCUCUUGCUGAUGAACGUUUGAAACUUAUGGAAGCGAUGUAUAUAACGAUAGGAUUUGCGUGGAAACCUGAAGCUCAUGUUGAUGUAAAGCGCGUCGAACUUCUGAUCAGUAAAGCGGAAGACAUCUAUCAAGAUCAUUUUGAUCACAGCCAGGAGCCUUUGAUUGAAAAUGAUAAGUGCACCACUUACACCUUAGAACAGUGGAAUACAGAGGGUGGAAGCUAUUGUGCUUGUCCGUCUCUCGAACCAGGAGUUUAUCAGUUUGUUUUUAGAGUGGACAAUGGCACAGAAAGAGAACUACAAAUUUCUGAUUAUUACGAGAUAACGUUCUUGGGCAAUGGUCGUCCGGUGAACUACAUCGAACUUAUUGAAAACUCAGAGGUCGAUCGAUCAACUCUGGCUGUUGGCAAAAGAAAUAUUAUUCGAUGUAAGUAUCUUCAGCUUCACGAAGCUGUUAAUCAACAAUCUUAUUUCCAGCAAGCAAAUCUAAAACCAACCUGUUGUUCCGAGCCAGCCUCCAAUAAUUAUUCAUCGCAGACCGUCAAAAUUAAUCCGAGAAAGGAUUUUACCUACAACAGAUUCAGUACAAAAAUCACAGGUAGCCCUAGCUCUAUGAGCCAACCUAAUUUUGAGCGUUACAAUAACAUUGCAUAAAUAGCAAAAAAAUAUCAGAACCCGUAUAGGUUAAAAAAUAUGCGAUUUUAUAGCAAACUUUAUCUCACUGGCUUAUUACUUGGGCAGAGUGCCAAGUAAAGGAUUCGCGACGCUCAGGAAUGUCCUAAAGUUGCUUUUUGGGUGACAAAAUUGGGCAUGCAAAAUCUGUGAGUUUAAACGGUUUGAGUCAGCUAUUUGACAAAGUGUGAGUGGACCAAUAUCCUGGUGAACGCCGUUGGGCGAAUCGACCACAUUUCAGUUUGAGAUAUCUCAAGAUCACUUCGUAUUUGAGGAAGAAAUCUGUGACCCGUCAGAUCGGAUGAGACUCUAAGUUGAGGGAUUAGCCGAUUGCACCACUGAGACCCCAAGUAGUUUGUAAUGUGAAAAAUAGCUAUAAAAUCAUGCACUAGUUUACCAGGGCACGAAAGUUCGUGACUCUUUGGCAUGUCUUGGCUAUUUCAGGCAGUGAGACCAGAUUUAUCUCGAGAUCACUUUGAGUUCUUUCCGCUAGAAUAAAUAUUUUAAUUUAUUGCCCCCGCAUUUAUUUUGCUCAGAAGGCGAAAUCCUGAGGAGGCAUCCUAGCAGCUCCUGUGUAUGUAUCGAAAAGUACUUACCUUUUAAAUAUACAGUCAGUUUACCCCCAAAAAAUUAAUCUACAUUUGCAUGAUCAGGGGCCGAAUGGAAUCACUGGGUAAUGAUGGCGUUUCUAUUCUUCACGCAAAUAAGAGAUGGUUAAGAUGACGUAAAACAGAAAUCCCCAAAGGGACCUCUUAGGUUGAUUUUUUGACACCUAUUGUACAGUCAUACUUUGAUAUUCUUUUUCAUUACGUUUUAUCAGUGACAUUCUGUGGAGAAGCUUUUUUGAACGUUAUGGACCAAAAGACACUCGUUAAGUGCAGAUGAAGUUAUAAGGUGCAUGCUGUGCUGACAUUGUCCCUGCUCACAGAUGUCCUUCUAUAAAGUUUUUUUUUAAAGUAUUGUUUUAAUAGUUAAAAGGACUGGACACUCCAGUGUGAAUUGAUCAAACUUUUUAAUUUCUAAGGCUUACUUUCUGGCUAAUAAAAUGAACUGUAUGUAAAAAUUGGAAGGAAAAUAGCAAAAAAUUCCAACUUCCAAUCAAAUCUUGUCUUAUGGUUUAAAGAAAAAACUGAGAAAAUGAGAAUGUUUUGAUCAAAGCUGUGCUUACAAAUGGAACUGAUCAGUGCAUGGAACCUUGUGUUUCCUGUUUUUAUCUCACCUAUUGUAUGGAAUAUGUGUGAAAAUCUUCAAUAUGAAUUGGUAUAUUUCAAAGAGCUUCACAAUGACCAAGAGUACUAUUGACUGACAAUAUACAGAGCAGGGGCAGCUAUAGUGUCAUCUAUUACUAGUCUGAAGAAUAAAUAAUUAUUUCCUCAACUGCAACCCAGGCCAGCAGAUCAGAUGCUAAGUUGAUGAAUCAGCCCAUUGCGGCACCAUGACCUUAUGUGGUUUGUCAUGUGAAAAUUAGUAUAAUAUCACUCACUAGUUUGGAAGAAGGUUGUUUUUUACCUAGAAAUGGAGUGAUUUCUUCUGAUAAUUGGAAAUAACACAUCAGUCAAUUCCAGCUGCGCCCAGUUUGAGAGCAAACUAGCUGGAUAAGCUAAAUGCACUUUUCACUAUAAAAAACAAACCUUUAACCUUUUUUGAAACUCUUUUUCCAUUAAACUUUUGCAAAUUCUAUUUUGUUAACUGUUGUGGCCACCUUGUCAAGAGGUUGCAAACCAAGAAGAUUACCGGCUUAUGUAUAUGUAUGUACGGUGUAUAUGAACUCCAUAAUGACACUUAACAUCUGGUGGCAAUGAUGUAUUUUGUAUUAAGUUUAUAUAAACAUAUACAAAGUAUGUCAUAACAGGAGAACAAGUAAUUAUUACUUGCUCUCUUGUUAUGCCAAUCUUGGAUGCUAGUUAAUCUGCAUGUGUAAUCUUUGGCCUCACCUAUAAAAUAAAUGAGAUCUGUCUGUAAUGAAACCAGUCAAAAUAGACACAAGUCUUUUUUUUUGUUUGACAGCACGUGGAGGUUCAUCAGGUACCACUUCCUCAAGAAGCAAGAAGAGCUUUGGCAGUGACAGGGAGAGCAGCCUCAAUAGCAGCUCUGAUGCUAAUUGUACAACAUGUACUUUGUUAUGACACUAAAAUUCACCACUGUUGACUCAGUGCACUCAUACAUUUGACACAGUUUACAAGGACAUUGUGUACUCUGGAUAUCAACAUUAUUAUUUUAAGCAAUGGAAUUGUUUGUAAGGGUUAUUUUAAGGAUGUUUUUUAAACUUGGUGAUACAGAUUUUUAUUCAGCAAAACCUUUGUUAAGCAGAAAGCCACAGGACACUUGCUUGGGCCUUUGGAAGCAUCUGCUCAUUAUACUUGUUCACUCAGGGCCAUAGCCAGCUAAUAUCAGAAAAUAAGUUUUUUAAUGUACAUGUGUAGCUGUCUUGGCCAUAUGUUUUUUUUUGCAAGUCAAACACCGGAAACUUUAACAUUUUAACUGAGACAACUCUCUCUGCUACCACUACGCUGGCGAUGCAGGCCCUGUCAUUUUACAGAAAACAUGGCAAAAAAGCUGUAGAUGGGAAGUUUACAUAACAUGGACUGUGCUUAAUACUGGUUUUAAUUUAGUUAACUAUCCAAGCCAUAUUCUAAUUUUAUCAAAUGAAUUCUUACUUAUUUUAUUGUCUGAAAAUUCAUCGAGUAUCCACCAUAACAUACACUAGGUAUGAAGAAUGUUACCUAAAAUAACCAGUUAGGGGUCUUUGAAAGAGAAACAAACAAAAUAAAAAGAACUGAAUGUGAUCUGCAGAAACUACAUGGCCCCAACAGCUAUAUUAAUAAUAACAAUAAUGAUGAUGAUGAUGAUAAUAAUAGCAAUGACAAUAAUGAUAAUAAUAAUAAUAACAAUAAAUAAAUAAAUUAUUUAAUAUUAAAUUUUAACAUCAUUUUACCUGGUCCACAAUCAGUCAUCACGUAUCUCAUACUGUAUUUUCCUUCAUGUUUUUAAAAUAAAGCCAAAUUAAGGGUAUCUAGCACUUAGAGUGAGGUGACAACAAUAGGAGAACUGUCACUGGAACAUCCAAACAGUGGUUUGAUAGAGAUGGCUGAUAUUUUGGGUUUUUGAUUGCUGGCUGCUUGGUGUAACUGUACAUCCAAGCAGUCAGACAUGUACCUAGGAGAGUUGGCUAUGAGUUCCUUGGCAUGGUCAGGUGUUACAGGUUCCAAGUGUAAAAAAGGACAAAACAAAGGCUAGAAGCUGAAUCAUAGCUCAGAGCUGUCAUCAAGAGUCAGAAAGGGGCUGGAGAUUCCUCCUGGCUAUUAUGAACGUGACUGUGAUCCCCGACUACUUUCAUAGGAAACACAAGGAAAAUGGAAUUCCCCACGCAUUAAUAAUAUUGCAUAAGUCCAGCAACUUGAACUAUUAGUGACAGCCCUCAUAGCCAUCCAGUUUUACAUGGAUUUCUUUUAUCUUCUCAGUAAAGAACCUGCCAAAGUUAGUAGUGACUAGAAGUGUGAAGUAGUCAGUGUAAGAAGGGCAAACAACAUCAUGCAUUAUGAAAAAUUAUGCUGUAAAAGCUAAAAACUAAUUUCUUUACAACUGCAAAACACUGAUGGGGUAUAGUAAACUUGUUCCAGGAAUAUAGGUUUCCUUAAUAAUAAAUUAAUAAUAAUAAUAAUAAUACAAUAUUAUUUCACUGUGUUUUAUUGAUAGUACUUUACUUUACAUGAGUGUAAUGAUUAUUACAGUUGGCUUGGUAACAUUGCAAUUCCACAUAUUUUUUCGUAGCUUUGUAAUACUGGGCUUCAUUGGUUAAUACAUUGUUGUCUUAUCUAGUUAGUAAUCUGGGGUAUCUAAUUUAUACAAAAGUUUUUACUUACUACGGUAUUUGCUUUCAUGGUUUCGGAAUUAUUAUUUAUAGUAAUCAAAUAUUAUUGUGUAAUUUCCUAUUAUAUUACAAACUGUAUAAUAAAAUUUUUAUUGACCUUUUUUAAUCUGAUAUUAUUUCCCCUUUGUAAGUGUUGAUAAG